AUGUCUAGUGAAACUCCAAGAAUAGAUCCAAGUGAAGUGGCAAGCAGUAUCUACCCUGUGUUCCGUUUAAUAGCACAAGUCAAACAACAACCAACAGAAUCCACGCUAAUACUGUCUAGUCCCACAAUAGGCAAUGAAAUGAUCACUUUGAAUGAUGUUAGAGUAUCAAUGAACAAACAGUUCCAAAUUGGUUCGUGGUAUGAAUUCGUCUGCAGAGCUAGUGAUUCGGGUGAAAUCGGUUUUUUAAUACUCGAUGCUGUGUCGUGUAAACUACAAGAUGAUGAAGAUAUUAGUAUAGAUGGGAUUGUUGCAUUACAACAAUUAACUAAGAAAUUUCCUGAAAUAUAUUGA